AAAACUUACAGUUGGGUUUACACCUCGGCCGGGAAAAGUCGCGCGAGUUUCGAGACGCAGCAAAUUGUGAAAAAGUUGUAAAACAAGCGAUAUAAAAGCAGAACAUAAUUUUUGGGAAUAAAAUAUUAACAGCACGCAGUAGACAACAAAUCAACGAAUCAAUAUUGCCCAAUAUUUCUGUGCUUUAGUGCAGAAAAGCUCAACAAUUCGGACGAAAACGAAAACUAGCUGCGGCUUUAUGAAUUUGGUUAGUGUUGUGCGCGCGCGAAUAAAUCGCAGAAAUUGAAAUUGAUUUCCAUUGAAUUUCUAUUAAAUUGUAUUGGAAACAAAUCGUUCGAGUGUCAAAAACAAAUUGAUUUGUGUGUGAGUGUGUGUGAAAGUGAACUUAUGGGUGCGUGAAAAAAUGCAAUAAUCGAAAAGGGAAAAAUCGCUAGAGGAAAAAACAUCAACAAUGCCAAUUUAAAAGAGACCAAAAAGUACCAACGAAAGAGGCAACAAAAGGGAAAAUUCAAAUAUAGAUAAAUAAAGAAAUCCCGUUUUAGCCCAUAGAAAUGCACAAAACCACAACAAACAUGCAGCAGACAACGGAUCUUGACUUUGAUUUCCAGAUGCCGUGUCGCUAUUUCAAAAGUUCUUUUGCGCGUUCGCUUUCGCUGAACAACAACUGCAGCAGCAGCAACAACAACAACAACAACAACAACAACAACAACAACAACAACAACAACAACAACAACAACAACAACAACAACAACAACAAUGCCUUGACAUUGCUCAAGAAGCCGCCAACAAACGAGGCCAAACUACAACAGCAAGAACAACAACAACAACAGCAGCAAAAGCAGCUGGAGAAUCAGGAACCGCCAGAGAGAGACAGCGAACAGGAUUCCCCCUGCGCCACCCCGCCCCCCGCUCUGCCAGCACGACGUCACACCGCCAACAUGAUACACUUUGGCGCCGCUAAUCAGCUGCUCACCGCCGCCCAGCCGCCCCAACCCGCUCUCCACCUCACCCCUCAGCAUCCACAGCCACAACCACCGGCACAGUGCGCCAGGAAUCUCAAUCUCGUCUGGCCAAUGCAAGCGACACAUCAGCCAGCACAGCAGCAGGAUGCCAACAUCUUGGCCGCACCCAGCCACCACAUCCAGAGCCACAUUUAUGACUUGCCACAGCAAAUGCAGCCACAUCAGCACCACCAUCCCCACCACCAGCAGCAACAACAACAACAACAGCAGCAGCAACAACAACAGCAACAACAACAUCAGCAACAACAACAACAUCAACUAAAUGUCGAGGCUGUCAUAUUGCAGAAUCAGGUGGAUACAUUGCAUUGGCAAUUGAAACAGACCGAAACCAAUUGCGAGAUGUACCGAGCGGUGAUGGAGGAGGUAGCCCGCUUCUUUGAGCGAUACCAACUGCAGCAGCAACUGCAGCAGACCCAACGCAAUGGCGAGCAGAUAGCCCGCUCCAAGAGUCUGCAUCAUGUCCAUGGAGUGGGCAACACCUCGCUGCAGAGCGAUGCCCGGGAUGAUGACGCCUCCAGUGGCGGAUCCGCUUCAUAUCUACGCGCCCGGAGCAGCACCAAUUUGAUGUUGAAUAAAUCAAUGCAUGCCAUGGAUGAGGAGCAUAAUUACGAGACGAUUGCACCAGCUGGCAGCUAUAAUGCCUUCAAGGAUUUCACUUGGCGUCGAUCCCCAAAGAAGUCUGGAGGCAGUGGCGGUUGCAAGUCACGGCUAUCGGCACCGGAGGCAGCCGAGGAGAAGCUGAAUCAGGAGGCCUUUCGUUUGGCCAGAACCAUAAGGAAUCUCCUGCACACCUCGGAACAGCAGCCAGAUCUCACGCAGCCGCGGCACUCGCUUGCUUCGAUUUCAUCGCUGCCCUCGGGAAAUCAUCGUCUAUGCAAGGGAAAAACCAGUUCGGUGAUGACACUGCUAACGCCACCAUUGCACAAUUCCACGAGCAUCAUGAGUGCCACACUGGAGACACCAUCGCCGGGCGGGAAAUCAAAUGCGGAACUCAUCUUUCUGCGGGCCAACAACAUGCGCGACUCGAGGCUAUCGCUGCGCAGCUCCACCGACAGUUCCGUGCAUUCCACCAUCUCCUCGACGGCAUCCUCCUCCUCGAAAGUGGAAACGGACGAGGAGACGCAGACCCAGACCACCGCCAGCAACACAGCCAUCAGUAAUAUCAUCAGCAAUAGCAAUAGCAAUAGCAAACCCAGCAGCAAUAAGCAGAGCGGUUCCAGUACCGAGGAUGAGAGUGGCUUCAGUUCGAUUAGCUCCUUUCACGAUGUCGGCCUGCCCCUGAGUUCCACCUUGAUGAAUGGCAACCAGCGGCGCCUCUCCAUGUCCUCGGACAGCAGGAACUCCACACUAAAGUCCGGCUUGAAUAUGGUGGGGCUGCCUAUGCAAAACCAGACGCAAAUUCAAGUGCAGGUUCAAGCUCAGAUUUCCAGCGGACCAUCGCCCUCGAAAACCUACCGCAAUGCGAAUCGCUACCAGCGCUUCUCCACUUUAUCCAACGAGGAUGCAGCCGCUGUUUUAUGGGUCUGAAAUAAUUUAUGAAUCUAUUUGAGAUACUUUUCAAAAAAUGGUUACGAAAAACCUUUUUUUUUUUAAUUUUUGUAUACCCCGUAGCUGUUUCGAUUGGUUUUCUCUAGUGCCUCCGCUUAGUGUUAAGUUGACCAUUGAAUAUAGAGUGCAUACAUUUUCAGUUUGUAUGUUAUGAUUUUUGUAAGAACCAAGCGCGCAUUUCUAUGUUAACAAUAUGUAAAUUGAUUUGUCUUAAGUUUUGCAGUAUUUAUAAAUGAAUAAAAAUAAUUUAUAACAUAAAA